GUACGUACGCGCAUUGCCGCAGUGUUACGAGCUAGUUACGAGCCUUCUUCGUUCGGAGCUAUGAAUCGUCAAUCAUACGCUCCGCAAUAACUCGACGGGUGCGAGUGACUGACUGACUGACUGUGUACGCCGUUACUCUAGAAAUCGUGUGUGUAUAUCGUGAGUAAUAUCGCCAUCGGCGUGGUGCUCGUACGUCAUGAACAGCCAGAAUGGUCCUGCAGCCCGAGAAAAUCCGGCGACGCCUCCACUGCCUGGGACGCCGACCAAGACCACCACUUGCUACUUUUGCGGAGAGAUUUUGGACAAGCGUUACGCCAACGAGCACGUGCGCCACUGCGGCGCCGUGCUCGAGGAGUGCCCGGCCAAGUGCGGAGCUUACGCGACUCGCGUCGACCUCGAGGAGCACUUGGUGCGUUGCCUCGGCAACGCCAAUCGCCAGCAGAAUCGACAAAACGGCGCCGCCUGCCACAGCAACAACAGCAACAACGGCGUGUCCUGCAGCGAGCGAACGGGUGGCAUCGAAGCCAUCGAGGCUCGGCUGCGUUCGCUCAAGCAAUCCUCCUGGCAGGACAAGGUCGUCUCGAUACUCGGCUUGCUGCGCACGGCCAUCAACGAGGGCGAGCAGGAGGUCAAGGAUCUGAGGAACACCCUGGCGUCGAGCUUGCAGGCCACCAACGAGGCGCUGCGCAAGGACAUACUGCAGGAGCUGUUCGAGUCGCGCAAGAGCUCGGCGGCGCUCAACGCCCGGCUGGGCGGUCUCGAGCGAUGCUACCUCGACCUGCAGAACAGGUCGGCCUCGGGCAUGCAGCAGCUGGCCGCCCAGCUCGACGCACUGCGACUCGAGUCGGCCGAGGAGAGGCGCCAGCUGGCCAUGGAGCGAGACUACUGGCGCGCCCUGCUCGACGACUGCAAGGCUCACUUCAGCCAGGAGCGCGCCGAGAUCUGUAAGCUGUGGCGCGAGCAGUCCGAGCGAGUGCACGAUCUGCGGCUCGAGCUCGAGAUGCGCUGCAAGAGCACCAACGAGCUGGUGGCCAAGCUCGAGGAGCUGAACGAGCGAGUCGCGGCCUUGGAGCAGCGAAGUCAGAACGAAUCCGAGGCGACGACGAAUUUGCUCAACACCGAGUGCAAGACGCUCAGGCUGCAGAUGAAGCAGAACGUCGAAUUCAUUCAGGACAUCAUCCGAGAGGCCAUCAAGAGCCAGCCGACCAAGUACUACGAGUGCAGCUGCCAGUCGGAGAGUCAAUUCAUCGGGCGGCUCAUGUGGCGCAUCGAGGACUUCGAGGAGAAGUUUCAGGAGGCGCGCGACGCCAACGCCGUGCUCUACAGCCCGAUCUUUCACGAUCGCGAGUUCGGCUACACGCUCAGACUGGAGCUCUACCUCAACGGGCUCGGCCAGUGGAAGAAUCGCCACGUGAUCGGCUGUCUGCAGUUCGUCGAGGGCAAGUGGGAUCCGCUGCUCGAGUGGCCCUGCUCGAUGAAGGCCACCGUCACGCUCAAGGACCAGGACAACUCGCUCAACGACGUCAACAAGAUCGUCAAGAUCACCAAGUCGAUGAGACUGAAGGACGCCGCGGUAGCCGACAGCGAAAAUCCGACGAAUCAGCGAAUGUUCAUAGCUCACACUCAGUUGGCUCGCCAUCCCGGCUACACGAAAAACGACGUCAUGUAUCUCGAUAUUAGGAUCAGCAAAGAUAAUAGCAAGUUGAGCGGGUCGACCGUAUCUUUAGUUUAGAAAAAAUUCGAUGACAAUCUAAUAAGUGUAUACAAAAACGAUCAUGGCCUCGAGAUCUUAGAUUAUAUUAUAAGCACAGAAAACAUUCUUUACAAAAACUUCGUUGCACGAUGGUAUCGCAUUUUUCAAUUAACAUGGAAAAAAUUCGCAAUUAUU